AUGGUCAGCAUCCUUGGUAUGAAUGGUAUCAUCAUCACAAAUUUUCUGUGUCGAAUCUUACAUAUUCAAGGUCAGAUUGCUCAUAUGAGAAAAAUAAUUGAGCAGUCCAUAAUCUCGAAUAAAAAAAGGAAUUUCUUGAACACGCUUAGGCAAUCAUUCUUGAGCAUCAAUCCGUGGAGGAGGAAAAUUUAUUUCGAAGGUAACCACAAUGAAAGGACAUACUCGAGUGGUUACACUAGUCGGAAGGGCAUUAACCUUUUUCUUUUGUUCGAAGUUCCUAUAGUGUUAUUUGUUCGGAUUUUCUCUUCAUAG